UUCCUCUGCUGGGUGCCAGCUGCUGCUUAGGCCUGAACGAGAGCGGACUGCGGGCGGGCGCAGCUGCAUUUAGACAGCCAGCGGGGGCUGGUGGGCCCCGCACCCUUGCUUCUCACCGCCGCGCCCUCGGAAUGGUGGCCCUCGGCUCUGUGACUAGCCGACUGGGCUCGGUGUUUCCCUUCCUACUGGUCCUGGUGGACCUGCAGUACGAAGGUGCUGAAUGUGGAGUAAAUGCAGAUGUUGAGAAACAUCUUGAAUUGGGCAAGAAAUUACUUGCAGCUGGACAGCUAGCCGAUGCUUUAUCACAGUUUCAUGCAGCAGUAGAUGGUGACCCAGAUAACUAUAUUGCUUACUAUCGGAGAGCUACUGUCUUUUUAGCUAUGGGCAAAUCGAAAGCAGCACUUCCUGAUUUAAGUAAAGUGAUUGAAUUGAAGAUGGAUUUCACUGCAGCAAGAUUACAGAGAGGUCACUUAUUACUCAAACAAGGAAAACUUGAUGAAGCAGAAGAUGAUUUUAAAAAAGUGCUCAAAUCUAAUCCAAGUGAAAAUGAAGAAAAGGAAGCCCAGUCCCAACUUAUAAAAUCUGAUGAAAUGCAGCGUUUGCGUUCACAGGCACUUGAUGCUUUUGAAAGCUCGGAUUAUACUGCUGCUAUAACCUUCCUUGAUAAGAUUUUAGAGGUUUGUGUUUGGGAUGCAGAACUACGAGAACUUCGAGCUGAAUGUUUUAUAAAAGAAGGUGAACCUAGGAAAGCAAUAAGUGACUUAAAAGCUGCAUCAAAAUUGAAGAAUGAUAAUACUGAGGCUUUUUAUAAAAUCAGCACACUGUACUAUCAACUAGGAGACCAUGAACUGUCCCUCAGUGAAGUUCGUGAAUGUCUUAAACUUGACCAGGAUCAUAAAAGGUGUUUUGCACACUAUAAACAAGUAAAGAAACUUAAUAAGCUGAUUGAGACAGCUGAAGAGCUCAUCAGAGAUGGCAGAUACACAGAUGCGACCAGCAAAUAUGAAUCUGUCAUGAAAACAGAACCAAGUGUUUCUGAAUAUAUAAUUCGUUCAAAAGAAAGGAUUUGCCACUGCUUCUCUAAGGAUGAGAAGCCUGUUGAAGCUAUUCGAGUGUGUUCUGAAGUUUUACAGAUGGAACCUGAAAAUGUGAAUGCUCUGAAAGAUCGAGCAGAGGCCUAUUUAAUAGAAGAAAUGUAUGAUGAAGCUAUCCAGGAUUAUGAAACUGCUCAGGAACACAAUGAAAAUGAUCAGCAGAUUCGGGAAGGUCUAGAGAAAGCACAGAGACUACUGAAACAGUCACAAAAACGAGAUUACUAUAAAAUCUUGGGAGUAAAAAGAAAUGCCAAAAAGCAAGAAAUCAUUAAAGCAUACCGAAAAUUAGCACUGCAGUGGCACCCAGAUAACUUCCAGAAUGAAGAAGAAAAGAAAAAAGCUGAGAAAAAAUUCAUUGACAUAGCAGCUGCUAAAGAAGUCCUCUCUGAUCCAGAAAUGAGGAAGAAGUUUGACGACGGAGAAGAUCCCCUGGAUGCAGAGAACCAACAAGGAGGUGGCGGCAACCCUUUCCACAGAAGCUGGAACUCAUGGCAAGGGUUCAAUCCCUUCAGCUCAGGUGGACCUUUUAGAUUUAAAUUCCACUUCAAUUAAACCGGCUGUUGUUUUUUUUUUUUUUUCUCUUCUUCCUUAAUUUUUUAAAGAUUAAAAACAAACAAACCCUGUUCCAGGAUCCUAAUGAAAAAACAAAUUUCAAAUCUUUGUUUGUCCAUGACCAAAGAGUUAUUUUAAGAAGAAAAAUCUCUUCGUAUCCAUUUUAGACUUGAGGCUGAUGAAGGAAGGGAGGUAAGGAAUGGUCCUGUUUCUGACAAAGCGGCCUAUGUAUCUGUUGUGAAUGUCUGGAAGAAGGGGUCUGAAGCAGGCCCACCCAUGGCAGUGCUCACAUAUUUUGUAUUUUUCUGUACUGGAGUAUGCAGAAAUUUUCUUCACAGCCUUGCAUAGUAUGUCAGUGCCUAUGUGUGGAAGGAGCUAUAAUCUUCACGAGAACAGCUUGUAUUUCAGCAUUCUUAAUGAGAAUAUUAACAUCUGGAGCUGUAUGUUCUUAGGGACAGCUUUGCUUAGAUUUUGGUCAGUCCAAUCACUUGCAAACAUUUGUUAAAUUUCAGGGGCAGCUGCAUUUCCAUCUCCCUACUAGCGUGAACAUGGCUGUCACUGAAGGAGGGGCAGAGCCAAUCUUAUAGAGAAACUGCUACCAAAUUGUUCAGUACCUGCAACAGAAUACUGAAAUAGAAUUGCAAAACCUCUGGGCCUUUUUGUUUAAUAUGAAACACAACAAAUUAAGUUAAGGUCAGGUAAUACAGCAGUGGUAUUAUUUAAAAUAUUGCUGAAGUGCAGAGUGAAAUACUUUAAGUGAAGUAUUUCCAAUAACAGGAUUGACUUAGAAAUGUAAAGUUGCUUAGUCAACGUAAAUAGAAUGCCCCUUUCCCACUUUUAAUGAAUACAGUGACACAGCUUCUCUUACCUCCUGGCUGCCCCUCUUGGACUAUAGUGACUCCACAUGGAACCUGUCGAAGGUGGGCGCUAAACAGUGGACCUGCCCUAUUACUAGACCAGGACGCCUCUAGAUUUCCUCCUGCCAAUAAAAAAAAUACAGGUUUACAAAUCUAGUUGGCUCUGGCUGUAUUAUCAAGAUGGCAACUCUUCUUGGGAUACCUUCUUAGCUUUUAAGAAAUGAACUAUUCAAUCUUUGUAUAUUUGAUAAUUUUUUCCCUAAGAAAUGGGUGUUACUUUAAUCAAGAACAUUAAAUAUUUAUGAAACUAUUGAUGCUGCAUUUAAAAUCUAAUAAUUACUUUAAAGAAUUAUUACCUUUAUUCUAGAAAGGUUUUUGUCUCAGCAUUUUAAGCAGUAUGGGUCUAAUACAUUGUUUUUAUGAAAUCAAGCAUUUUAAUUUUUAGUUGUGGGAGGUAUCCUGACUAGUAAUGUCUACAGCAGCCAAGCACAAAUCAUUUUCUUCUACAGCCAUCCUGAAACAUAUGUGGAAAAUAUUUUUUUUUAAACAGACAAAAAUCACAUAGUUUAGUUGGGUAAAACACAUAAGUGCUUUUUGCAUCUAUUUCUUACCAAUAAACUUAACAAUGCAUUUUGAAAACCAGUGAACAACUUGCAGCUUUCAUUUUGUUUCAAUGUCUCAAAAUUCAAGCCAGUGCAAAAAUAAUUUCCAAGGGAAAUUCAUUUUAUUUAAUCAGUUUUAUCAGAAAUAUUUUUUCCAAUCUUAUGUCACUGUGACCUCUUUGAAAUCUAGCAAUGGCCUCUACCUUCUUUCAAAACUAAGAAUUUUCACACACAGUCAGAACAAAGGAAAUAUCAAAUCACUUGCCCUUCCAUUCAGAGGAGAGGAUCCUAAGUUGCCAACACCAUGGGGUCAGAAGAAUUGCAGGCUGGGCCACAUGGAUACAUGUCUUGGACACCCAUUACCUCACUGCCUGCAAACCUGCUGCCCAGAGAGUUGUUUGCAUUAUUUUUUCUCUACUUGUAAUAACCAUAAUUCUUGUUCAUAAAGUCUUACCAUGGAUUUAAUUGAGUCAUUAUAACAGAAAUGUGCAGUUUCUUGCCUGUUUUCACUGUAGAGUAAAAGCUAUAAUGCCAACUGCCAAUGCCUCUGAGGAAAAUUCUCUGGAAUCUGUUUUGCUGAUCGAUGAAGAAAACAACCCUUCAGUCUUGAUGGGCAUCAGCAGGCUUCUGGUAUCCACCUGAAUGGGAAAAGUCACACCAUGUUUCCUUAACAGUGACUGUGAAAAAACAUGUAUAAAGGGAUAGUUGUUCCUCUUUCUGGCUAGAUGGAGAUCAUGAUGCAAUGGAAAGCAGGUGACCAAGAAAGCACUUGACUUGUUUGGGCUGCUUUCACUUACCACUCUCUAGUCUGUUUUUGGAGACAGCACGUGCUGGGUAACCUUUAUGGCUCUUUCUGAAAAAGUAAAAUCAGAAGGGCACUCUGCCUUACCUGUAGGAUGUUUCCUUCUUAAACUCCUCCAUUCCUUUUUGGUGAGCUCCAGAAGUGAAGUAUUGCUAGUCUAUAUACAUUGUGGAUAUUUUCCACAGCAGCAAGUAUUAAACAUAUCAGCCUAUACAUGUGACAGAGUUAUAAAAAGAGAAUAAUUUAUUGCCCAUUAUUGAAAGUUUAUGCUUUCUUACCAUGGAUAAAUGAAAACAUCUUCAAUACCUUACUGAUGUGAAUUGGAUGUAACAUAAUACUAAUUUUAAAAUGUCUUCGUCAGUAUUAAAAGUUUAUUUUAAAUAUCAGUAUGGAAUCAUAAUUUUGGGGGACUCUGAUAGUGGAAUGUAAAAACUACCCUCAAGUUUUUUAAGAGAAAAAUACUACUGAUAACGGAGUAGAAAAAAAAAGUUAGCAGAAUUACAAUUUCAAAUUGGCACCAUUUCUAUUCAUGGUGAAAAAUGAAAAUGAAAGAUUUCACCUUUUAAGAUAUGAAAUUGGUCAGAAUUGUAUGUGAUUUACCAUGAAAAAAAAUGCAUUAAGAUGCUUAAGUUAAAAAUGGUUCCCGUCAGGUCUAUGUUAGAGCCAUGUUCCUCAAAGGUACAGGGCAUUGGUGACAGGCCUUGCAAAAAGUUUGCAUUGAGUACACAUCAGUGGUAUAACCUAGAGAAAUUCAUGGAAUUUUACUGAAUGUAAUUUACUUUUCCAUAUUUAUAAAGGAAGAAGGCAAAUGCUAAUUUGUCAACAAAUAAUAUCCUUAUUCUAAAUUAAAUCAGAUCAUUCCUUUUAGCAGCAGAGUUUAUUCUUAAUGGCAAAUGUUAUAAUUUUUUUAAUGGAUGAUCUCAUUUGCUGAAUGAUUUAAGAGUAAAAUUAGCCACUGCGUGGCUUUGUGUAUAGUAACAGGUUUUGUUGCACUCAUCUGUGGUUGAACCUCUUACCUGCUGUGGAAAGCAGAGAAGAUAAAAACUAGAGACAUUUGAGAAGUUAAGAUGUUACUCCUAUAAGACUACAGUUUGUUUUGAAUGAGACAAGACUAAGUAACCUAAUCCAUCUCAAUUUAGUUUUAAUAAAGUAACUGAAAAUUAUUUGAAAUGGGUCUCAGACAUGUCACAAAUAUGGGUACUAUUUUUAUGCCCGUGUAUUUUCACAUUUAAUAAAAAUAUUUAUGGUUAAAAUAGUA